UACAAAAGGUAUGCUACAUGAUAUACCACUCAUUAAUAAAGUUAAGUGCCAAGGACUUUUUUUGAGAAGCUAUAUUUGGAUAUUACGAUUUUGUCAUGAAUUUUCCAAACAAUAAAUGUCUCUAUCAGUAAUGGAUGCAUCAACAUUACCUAGGGUUAAUGACAAGGCCCUGGAAUUUGAAAUUAAUAUAAUAGAUGCACAGUUUAAUUUGGAAGGGAAAUAUUUCCUCAGAUUGUCUGUACAAAGUUUACAUACAAAGGAUUAUAGCAAGAUUCAAAUAAAAGAAAGCGGAGUUCCUUACUUUGAGAACCGAUAUGAAGGAGAGACAGACACUGUUAAACAGAAAGAAUCAACAGCCAUGGUCAAGUUUAGAGAAAAACAGUUUAUUUUUAGACUUCCAAUAGGCUUUUGUAUGAAUGAUAAAAAUCAUGAUGUACAUCUACUUGUGGAAGCAUUUACCAGACCAAAGAUUGGUGCAAAAGGUCGUAAAGUGGGAGAAGGAAAGUUUGCAAUAUACCCUCGUCCAAAUGCUCCCCGAAUUAAAGUAAAUGUUGAACCUGGAGAUGAUUUCUAUAAUUAUACAGACGUUAUGUCACUUUUGAGGACAGUUAGUACAGACAGUGUUCAGAUGCAUUGUGGGAGAAUCAGAUGUACUUAUGCUUUGAGGGAAGUUCUUACAGUAAAACCUAAGUCCCCUCCAAAGUCGCCCCCAAAGUCUCCUGUCAAAAAGCCUGUUCCAAAACAGAAAAGUCCAGAAUUACGUGAAAAAGAUGAUAAAAACAAAAGUAAUAGAUUAGAACCACCACCGACACAAAGAACAAUUACACCCACAGAUUCAUGGGGUGGGGAUAAUGUAUCUAUCAAUGUUCCAGCUACUCCACCAUUGCCACCACAGCUUGAAGGAAGAAAGAUGCAUUUGAAAAAGAUGCUUGUAGGAAUGAUUCCUGAAAACCCAUUACAAGACAAAGACAGGCAUAGUUUUGAGAUCAGUAAAAAUUACAGACAUGUAGCUCUCAAAGGAAAAGAACAAAUUGAUGUCAUACUCCAUGGUGCUAGCAAUUUACCCACUACUCCUGAUGGCCAGCUUCCUGUUCCAUUUGGUGUUGUAAAAAGUAAAACAGAUGAUGACAAAAAUGUGAAAACUGGUGCUACAACACACACAUCACUGAGACCUACAACUGCUCCAUCAUGGGAAGAACUAGUCACAGUGAAUUUUGAAGAAAGAUCAGCGACUGAUGAAGAAACUAUAUACAAUAGAUAUUUUGUAUUAACAAUAAUAGCAGCUGAUUAUCCUUCUAAAGAGAUGCUUGUUAAAUAUGAAAUACCAAUAUCAUACCUUCAGCCAUUCCAUCAGUAUCAUCUAGAGUUGGUCAAGCCUGUUAAAGGAAUUCCCAAUGGAGUGAGAACAUAUGCUACUAUCACCAGGAAAACAAUGCACCUACCCAAAGAUCCGUCUUCACCUGAUUAUCUGGCUUUAGAGGCUACUCUGAGAUCUGUACAGAAACCAUUACAGACAGCUAAAGGCCCAUUGAUUGCAGUAGCUAGAGUUAUUCCUGAUUACUAUAAUUACAAGAACAAUCAGCUACUUACUAACCCCAGAUCAGCUGGCGUCACUAUGAACAGUGUAACAUUCCCAAAUCCUCAUCCAUCAUCAUUUAGUGUUCCUCCUAGAAGUAUGCAUGGUUAUCCUCAGAUAAGCCUGCCAGGAAGACCUGAUGUACAGCCUGAAUGGAAUCAUCCUUACUUAUUCUGUGAAGAAAGAGACAAAGCAACAAUGUUUACACCUAGUGCAGCAUUAGUUCUAGAAUAUUAUGAAGCAAGUGCAGCUAUGUCGGAUCAGUUUUGGAAGAUGGUCAGUCCUGUUGGGUUUUCAGCUGUACCGUUAGACAAAGAUAUGUAUAAGGAACUCACCAACAACAGAGCUAAACAAGGAUUACGAAUAGAUGGAGUACCUAUUCAGUCAUCUAAGGAUAACAAAGGAACAGAAUAUGUAACAAUAGAAGGAAAACAGCCAACAGUAGGAAUGAUUCUCAGAUUAAUAACUACAAAUAAUCCAGAUAGUAUGGUGUCAACCAGUAAUGUGGAUAAUCUACCAGAACUGAACCUGUUCCCUGAACCUCAGGGAUAUUAUCGUACAACUAGUCCAGAUAUUAUGUUAAUAACACAUACAGAUGAUCCGACCAAUACAACUAUGCAGGACUAUUCACAGGAUAUUACUGUUGAUUCUCAGGUACUGAUGGAACCAGUUAUGGAACCAGUAGGACCUGCUUAUUAUCUACAGAAGAAAGUCAAAAGACCAAUGUCGCCUCCUUUGAUGUAUAGAGUAUACCAUUUAGCUAGAUAUGAUGAAAAUCAGCCCAUCAAAGAUGGAGAGAUGCCACCAUAUGAAGCUGUGGAAACUGUUUUACCAGAAUACCAGUACAUAUUUGUGGACCCAAAUAGUCAGACUGGACAAAGGACAACCCAGAGUCCAACAAUCCGAGUUAGACAUCAACCACCAGCAGACACCACAAUGCCUGGGGCCUAUGGUACCUCCAUAAGUGAAAGACAUCGAAGACCACCAGAUGAUUUAGAUAAAACCUCGUUAUCUGUUAUGGAUCAUCAAAUGAGAGAAUUGGAAAAUUACCGAUCGGCCGUUCAUAAAAUGGGCCAAGAUAUAUUAGCUCUCAGGGCACAGAUACAAGAGCUUGAGGCAAACAACAGUCAGUUACGUAGGGAUUUGGCAAAUUACAACGACGCAAGUAAACUGAUGAUUGAAUCGGCAGAACUUGAUGGCAUGACAAAGCCAGAAAUUAUGUCAAGAUAUGCUGGAUUGAAACAAACAUUACAUUCACAGACAAAUGAUGUGAAAGCUUAUAAAAUGAAAGUACAAGCUCUGCAGAAUGAACUUAUAAAGAAAAAUGAUGCCCAGAAGAACUAUUUACACAUGACACACCAGUUUAACAAACAGAAAGAACAGCUUCUUAGAAUGCAGGAGAAAAGUGCCAAAUGGAAGAAAGUGGAAGAAACAUGCCGUUCACAAGAAAAAGUUAUAGAAAAGAUGGAAAAGGUUCUAGAUAAACAACAUAGAGACAGAUCGAAAAAUCAGAAAGAUCAUGCUGGUCAGGAAGCAAAUGAAGCUUUAUUACAAGAAAAUAAACAUUUACGUACACAAAUAGAGGAUCUUAAAGAUCAGUUACGAGGUGCUGGUGGUCAGACAAAUACUGGAAAUGAUUCAGAUAAAUUUGAAAUGUAUCAAGCCUUGGAGAAGUCAGAAGCCAGGAUUGCCUCCCUUGAAAGACAGUUAGCAGAAAAUUCCAGAGCAUGGGGUAGAGAGAGAGCUGAUUUAAUGAUACGUCUCAAUGAGGCAGAGAAUGGAUUUGGUAGAGCUAAUGGAAUGGUCUUACAUGACUAUCCGGUACAUGGUAAUCUAUCUACCAGAAGGAGGAGCACUGUUUUAGGAAAACUUAUAAUAUAAAUUAAUGACAGCUUAAAGACUCAUAGAAGAAAUAGUCCCCGUUUAACUCCUCUAUAUCGGUAGUAUAUAGAACAGUCAAAACAUUUCCAGGAGCAUUUAGUCCUGUUGAUCAGGAUUUCAUCACAUGAGGUGCUCAACUCAUCAUUACUCAUCAUUUAUAAUACUGUUGUAGGACUGGUUGUGUCCAAACUUUUUUUUGAUUUACAAAUAUGUCUUCCAGGAUAUCACAUCUUUGUAAGGCACUGCCAGAUAUAGACAUUGGUUCCACAUGAUUUGUGUACAGCACUUUUUUAUGAGCAUUGAACAAUUACUUAAAAGUGAAACAUCAUUAAUUGACAACAAUGUCUAUUUGUAUUGUAAAUGAUGUUGGAAAUAUGCAAUAAUUAAGAUGUUAAAAGAAAACAUACUCAGUAGAUAAAAGAUAGAAAAUAUAAGCAUAGGGAAAGCUAAAGCUAAUACCUUAAAAUAGUUUAAACUGCUUCAGAUAAUAUUUUUGUCUUUUAGAAAUACAAAUUAUCCCUUAUGAUAAUGUAUUUGGAUCUGAGAAUUUAUAAGAUAAUAUGUACCAGUAUGUUGUCUUAUCACAGCUUUGUUCUCCUUGUCUAAAGUUCUUCUUAAAUUGAUCUUUCACAUUGCAAGAUGUGUUAUUAAAACAAAGGAUGUAUUUUUCAGGGAAAUUAGGUACUUAGCUAGUAACCUGAUUUUUUCAAGCAAAAAAAAAACUAUUUUUAAAUAUCUUUAAAAUUUAUAAAAAUUUAGAUUGCAAUAUUGAAGAGAAAGUAAAUUUAAAAUAAUGUAAAUUUGAAAAACAUUAUAAUAUUCAAUUUCUUUCAAAACUGGUUAAUUGUAUCCCUUAAAUAAAGAUCUUUGUUCUAAGUGACAUUUUUAAUUUCAUCAGACAGGUGACAUAUCAAGAUAUGGUAUAUACCUUGAAAUGUCACUGAAUGAAAAUUAGUAUAGUGCUUUUUUAUAGAAGCAUAUGUGAUACAUAACUGAAGACAUGCUGCUCUUUUCACACAAAAAAAUUCAACAAGUAAAAAUACUUUAACAUCUUACACAUUUCAGCAUAACUUUUGAUUAUUUAUAAUUGAAAGAUUUUUUGUGAAAAGAGCAGCAGAGUCGUAGAUAAUUAUAUUUACGAUAUAUUUAUUGUUAUUUUGUUAUAUUGAACUGUGAUACACUUAAGACUGUUAGAUAUUUAUAUUUUUGUUAAAAUAAAUUGAUGACAUAUAA